UGUUUCCGGCUCCGCUGCGGAAGGCGGAGGACGCGAGCCGUUACCCCGACGCGACCCAGAAGAGCAAGGAGCGCUUGGAGCUCGAGUGCAGAGCUCGAAGAACAGAUAGAGGCCGGCGCGAUGGGUGGCGAUCAGGAGGAAGAACGGUUCGAUGGCAUGUUGUUGGCCAUGGCGCAGCAGCACGAGGGCGGCGUGCAGGAGCUUGUGAAUACCUUCUUCAGCUUCCUUCGACGCAAAACAGACUUUUUCAUUGGAGGAGAAGAGGGGAUGGCAGAGAAGCUCAUCACACAGACCUUCAACUACCAUAACCAGCUGGCACAGAAGGCCCGGCGGGAGAAGAGGGCCCGGCAGGAGACAGAGCAGCAGGAGAAGGCAGAGCGGGCGGCCCGGCUGGCCAAGGAAGCAAAGGCAGAGACCCCUGAGCCCCAGAUCAAGGAGCUGACUGAUGAGGAGGCAGAGAGGCUGCAGCUGGAGAUAGACCAGAAGAAGAAUGCAGAGACUCAUGAGGCCCAGCUCAAGAACGGCAGCCUCGGCUCACCAGGGAAGCAGGAAACUGAGGAGGACGAGGAGGAGGAAGAUGAAAAAGACAAAGGGAAGCUGAAGCCCAAUCUAGGCAAUGGGGCAGACCUGCCCAACUACCGCUGGACCCAGACUCUGUCAGAACUGGACCUGGCGUUGCCCUUUCGUGUGAACUUCCGACUGAAGGGGAAGGAUGUGGUGGUGGACAUCCAGCGGCGGCACCUCCGUGUGGGGCUCAAGGGUCAGCCAGCAAUUAUUGAUGGGGAUCUCUACAAUGAGGUGAAGGUGGAGGAGAGCUCGUGGCUCAUUGAGGACGGCAAGGUGGUGACCGUGCAUCUGGAGAAGAUCAACAAGAUGGAGUGGUGGAGCCGCUUGGUAUCCAGUGACCCUGAGAUAAAUACCAAGAAGAUCAACCCUGAGAAUUCCAAGCUGUCAGACCUGGACAGUGAGACCCGUAGCAUGGUGGAGAAGAUGAUGUAUGACCAGAGGCAGAAGUCCAUGGGCCUGCCCACCUCCGACGAGCAGAAGAAACAGGAGAUUCUGAAGAAGUUCAUGGAUCAGCAUCCGGAGAUGGAUUUUUCCAAGGCCAAAUUCAACUAGCCCCUGUGUUUGCCUCCCUGAGCUCUCAGGGCUCAGCCCCCAGCCAUCCACUUCCUUUCCUGCCCUUCUCCAGGACUUGGGGGCCUUGGGGCUGGGGUGGGCGUGGGACUGGCCCUGGCACACAGGUCCGAGGGCAUCACGGGAGAAAGGCUGGGGCCUUGGGGACCUUGUCCUCCCCAGCUGGCCUACUGUUACACAUUAAAGCUAUUUACCCAACUCCA